AUGGCGGAAAGCGAGCUGGCUCCCAAAUUCGCGCCAUUUUUCUCCUUUGUAAUCACAGCAAUGGGAGCGGCGUAUGGAACGGCAAAGUCUGGGAUUGGUAUCUCUGGUGUAGGAACGUUUCGGCCGGAUUUGAUCAUGAAGUCCUUGAUCCCAGUCGUCAUGUCGGGUAUCAUCGCGGUCUACGGUUUGGUCAUUGCAGUUCUCAUCGCAGGAGACAUGGCGCCGCCUCCAACACAGAACAUGAGCUUGUACACAGGAUUCAUGCACCUUGCAUCCGGAUUAUCGGUUGGCCUCGCGGGCGUGGCCGCCGGAUAUACCAUCGGGAUCGUUGGUGAUGCGGGUGUUCGUGCUUACAUGCAGCAGUCCCGAGUCUAUGUCGGGAUGAUUCUUAUCCUGAUUUUUGGCGAAGUUCUCGGUCUUUAUGGACUAAUUGUCGGUCUCAUCCUCAACUCGAAGAGCAAAUAA